UGCUUCAAGUUAAAGGCUGCUGCAGGUCAAGCGUUAAGUGUGGCCUGAAACAGCAGAGCCAACAUGGACAUCUCUGUUCUACCCAAUAACAACCACCCCGAGAAGUUUCUCCAGCUGGAUGUCGGCACGUUGGACACCAAACAAGGCAUGUACCAGGUCGGAGCAUUCAUGUCCGGUCAGAGGCGGUGGCAGAACAGGGUCUACUCACAGAGGGAUCAAAUGGUUAAAGCUGAACACAGGAACCCUCCAUCCCCAGAAGGCAGCCCUGUGGUGUUUGUGGACAGAUACCUGGAAAAGCACAUUACUCCAGUCACUCUGAAGUCUAACAUCAGGACAAACCCUCUGUACAUGGACAUAAGGCCAGUGGACACUGUGGACAAAGACAGAUUCAAGCCUUCCUGGACCGUCAAAGAAUACGACACACAAACAAUCCACGGCAACUUGGCAGAAUAUCUGAAGGGGAAGGAGAAAACUCCAAAAGAUCUGGACUUUUGGCUCGAAGACCUUUACACACCAGGAUUUGACUCGUUACUGAAGAGAAAAGAAGCAGAGCAGAAGAGGAGAAAACUCUGCAAAACUCUUUCUUUAAUCGUUUCUCUUUUUUGUUUAAUCCUUAUUAUUAUUAUUGUGCCUGUUGUGGUUCUACAAAAUAAAAACUGAUCUCGA